GGUUUGCGGGCUAUUCGUCUGAAUUUCGGACCGGGCGGGUUAUGAAUUUCUUGAGUAUUCCUUUAAAGAAGUCGGCUCCUGUUGAUUUAUCCAGUAAUUUUCAACAGUUGAUCGCCCUGCAAUAUGGUGCUCCAACCGCAAAUGCGUGCCUUGGUUCACUCGGUGAGUUAUCGUCAAUGCGAACUGUCGCAUGUGUCAAAGGCGAUAACUACAACCCGACAGUCGAAGCAAUCGCAGCGUAUCAUGAUGCAAUAUAUCAAUUAGAAGGACGUCUAAAUGUGAAUGUUGCUUCACGAGUUGAUUUUAAGUGGAGCGAUAUUUCUGGAAAAUCUAACAAAAAAGAAAGCUCUCUUAAAUUUGAACGUUCAAAUGUCUUGUUUUGUUAUGGUGCUGCUCACAGUCAACUUGGUGAAUCGUGCCGUCCCAAUUGUGAAAAUUCACUCCAACAAGCUUUGAAAUCUUUCAAGAUUGCUUCCUGCACAUUUGAUUACAUAUCUUCAGAUUUGAUGUCUGGGGUUAAAGAUCCUCUACCAGAUUUAACUUCAUCAGCACUAACACUGUUCAGUAAUCUUAUGCUUGCUCAAGCAUAUGAAUGUGUCCUCUCGAAAGCUGAAAAAGAUAAGAAAAAGCCUGCCAUUUUAGCAAGAAUAGCAUCAACCUUGACUAGUCUUUACGAAGACUGCCUGUCAGAUUGUUCAAGUGGAGCUAAAAAUGUUGUUCCAAAAGAUUGGUCUGGUGUAUUAAGCAUGAAAAAAGGUUUAUAUGAAGCUUUGACACAAUAUCAUCAAUCUAAAGCUUGUUGCGAAGCCAAACAGUACGGGGAACAAGUAGCUCGCAUAUCAUUUGCUUAUGAGCUAAUCAAAUGUGUUGCUCGAAGUAGUUGUUUUCAGAGAAAGAAUUUAGUGGAACAAUUUAAACAAGAAGAAUCAGUUGCAAUAAAAGACAAUGACCAUAUAUAUCACGAAAAGGUACCUCCCAGAGGAAGUCUUGCUCCUGUCGAAAUUGUUGAUGUCAUUAAAAAAACCCCACUCACGUUCCCUUUGUCCUCAUCGACUACCAAAGAUUACUUCGAAAAUCUACUUCCUAUCGCUGUUACAGAAGCUGUUAACACUGCUAAAGGUGUUCGUGCAUCUCUUAUCGACAGCGAAAUUUGCACGCUACGAGGAGCAUCCACUAAAGUGAAUGAAGUGUUAGCUUCAUACAAUUUCCCGGCAGCAUUACUUGCUAAGGGAUCAAACUCAAUUACGGAUAAUAUUUUAUCCAAAGCUACUUCUAUACGUCGAGAUGGUGGGGCAGAAAAAUUGUAUCAGCAACUAAUGUCGAUACCUGAAUGCGUUCAACGUAAUAAAGAAAUUAUUGAGGCUGAGAAAAGUUCACUAGAUGAUGAAGAGAAUUCUGAUAAUAGUUUACGAAAACAAUAUGGUGAACGUUGGUCACGGAAACCAUCAAGUGAAUUGAACAAAUUAUGGCGUUCUGAUAUACAAAAAUGUUUGAAUUUACUUGAACAAACUACGAAAACUGAUGCAUCUCUUUUAGAACGAUAUGAAAAGCAUAAAGAACAUUUUGAAAUAUUAAGUAAACCAGAAGAUGAACUUGAAACGCUUAUUGGAUCAGAUGCAAAAUUUGCCGAAUCUAAUACUGAAGCCAAUAAUGAAGAACUAAAAUCUGAACUAACUCAGUUAUGCAACAAACUAGAAUUAAUUAAGACGGAAAGAAAUGAUCUAAUAGAACAGUUGAAAUUAGUUGAUUAUUCACCGGAUCUAGUUAAAAAGCUAUUGACGUACUAUAGAGAACAUAAUGAAACAGUUGAUUUACAAAUUGCUACUGAUAUGCUUGAUGAAAAAAUGGUGUCUGUGCGUGAACUUAUUCAAGAAAAUCUAAAUAAACAAGAAAGUUUAUUAAAUGACUUACAAACAAAAGCUGAUAUGUUUUACGGUGGGUCCGAUGGUAAUUCAAAAGACAAAGGACUAUUGACAAUGCUUAAUCUGGCUGCAGAUGAGUAUUCUGCACUUAAAGAAGCUGUUAGUGAUGCCACGAAAUUUUACGCUGAGCUUACUGAGAUUUGUGUGAAUACCCAGUGUAAGAUUGAAGAUUUCUGCGCUGCACGUACUACUGAGAAAAAUGAAUUAAUGUCUGAUAUUACAACAAAUAUAAGCCGGGUUCGUGUUUCAGACCAACAAGUCUUUCCGAAACCAUCUGUCCCUACUCGACCUGAACCAUCUUAUGCUAACCGUGUCAACCCUGUUCCUCCCGCUCAUCCUCAAGUUCCAAUGCCAACACCAACAAUUCCCAUGAUGAAUAGUACCACAUAUCCGAUGCCUCCACAAGCAUGGAAUCCUCAAGGCUAUCCUGUGAUGCCUCAACCUUCACCAUAUGGAAUGGCUCCUUAUCCAGCAAUGUAUCCAUUCUAUGGCGCUUAUCCUACAAUGCCAAUGCCUCCAAAUGCAGCAUUUUCUCCCCCUAACAUGAUGCUUCCUGCUCAUUCAAUGGGUGGUAAUGGUGCUUUUCCUAGUGUUGGUGGAGGCAAUACUGACGCACAUGCUCCCCUUGCUGGUGGUGGUCUUCAGGGACAAUAUCUACCUGGACAACCUUCUGCACAGCCUUAAAAAGAUUUCUCUAUGAACAUUUGAUUUUUGUUAUAUUCUCGAUAUCUUUGUUUAAGAAAUGUUUCUUAUGUCUGUGUUUUUGUACUACACAAAACGUGUAUUUAUUAUAAGUAUCCCAUUUAUUGAUUUAUUUUUCGACAAUCUUUAAAAUAAAAAAAGACUAAUGAUCUAAAAUACUUUUAUGUUUCUUUCUCAUAUUCGUCCUCUUCUAUAAAUAAAACGCUAAAAAGUGAC